AUGUCUGUUGUUGCUUUAAAGAACGCCGUUGUUAGUCUGGCAAAGGGUAGUAGAAGUGAUGACACCGAUAAGAAAUCCCUUUUGAAUAACAAUAAUAAAAGUUAUGGCUCAAACAAUAACACAGAUUUAGAAUCCAAUCAAGUAAGCACAAAUGGUGAUAAUUUGCUAAAUAAUAACAAUAACGGCGAUGCUAUGUCAAUCAAUGAUGACCCUUUUGCAAGCAAUUCUGUUAUUAAUAAGCUUUUCGGUCAAAUCGAUCCAAGAGUAAUUAGUGAUUUAAUUAUUGGUCUAUCGGAUGGUUUGACAGUUCCAUUCGCUUUAACUGCAGGUUUAUCGUCAUUAGGUGACUCCAAAUUAGUUAUCACUGGUGGUUUCGCUGAAUUGAUUUCAGGUACAAUCUCAAUGGGUUUAGGUGGUUAUUUAGGUGCAAAAUCGGAAAGUGAUUAUUUCCAUGCAGAAGUUAAAGCACAAAAGAAGUUUUUUUAUAACGAUCCAACUUUAAUUAACCAUCAAGUAGAAGAUAUUUUAUUAAGUAUCAAUGAAGAUUUCACAGACGAUACAAUUUUAUCAUUCAUCAAAGAUCUUCAAAAGAAACCACAAUUAAUGGUGGAUUUCAUUAUUAGAUACGGUAAGGGCCUGGAAGAACCGGAUCCAAAUAGACAAUUUAUCAGUGCUGCAACAAUCGGUGGUGGUUAUUUUGUAGGCGGUUUAGUACCUCUAAUACCAUAUUUCUUCGUUUCUGAAGUCGGUACAGGUUUGAUCUAUUCCAUCAUAGUCAUGAUGUUUACAUUAUUCUGGUUCGGUUAUAUUAAGAUUCAAUUAUCAAUGGGCGAUCAAUGCACAAUGCGUCAUAAGGUAUUCGAAGGUUUCCAAAUGAUCGCAGUGGGUGGUAUAGCUGCCGCAUCAGCAUGGUUUUUCGUUAAAUUAUUAGACGGUUAG